AACUUGCGUCGGUUGGUUCUUUGUCGCUAACGGUCUCGACCCGCUCGAUGACUUACACCUACCCGUUUCGGCCGACAUGGGCAAGUCGACUCUAAAGAUCGCUUCCAAAUCUCUUCGCUUGUGCUUUCUGGGUAUUAUGAGGUUCAUAAGAUCUACACUCCGAGUCUUCCCACUUUAGAUUUCUACCUGGUUUCCAAAUCGCUUCCAUCACUUUGAACUCCGUGGACUUGCCUCUUUCGAGCAGGUCUCCAAAAUGCGGGUUCCAGCGUGGACUCUCCGUCACCGCCGUCACCGUCGUUAGUGAAUGCGGCCGCGAUACAACACAAUAUAUCUGUGUCUGGGUUUUUUGAAUUAUGCGGCCGAUUAGGAUCUCUAUUCUGGGUUAUACUGCACUCGUCAUUAGUCCUAAUAUAUAGAGGUGUGGGAUGGGCAGAGAAAACAGCAACACCUCCUUCCUUCAUCUCACAGGUCUAGGGACUCUUCAACUUCUCGUUAGCAAAAGAAAUGUCUUUCAAAAAACUGGACGUCGCUAUCAUUGGCGGUGGUGUCGGAGGUUUGGCUGCCUCUUUAUCUUUGAGACGUCAAGGACACAAAGUCACCAUCUACGAAAGACGAAGCUUCACCGCUGAAGUUGGAGCGUCCAUUACCUGCGCCGCCAACGGAACGAAAUGGCUGUAUGAAUGGGGAUGCGACAUGUCCAUCGGAAACCCUGUUAUGCAGAAGAACCUUAUUAUGAGAGACUGGAAGACCGGUAAAGCCUUGGCUUCCUAUGGUAUGGAGGACUACAAGGAAAAAUGGGGAUACGAAACUAACAUGUUCCAUCGACAAGACUUACAUCUGAUGCUUCUCACUGCUGCCACAUCUACGGAGGGCGUCGGUGAACCUGUCACGGUCCACGUCGACUAUGUUUGCGAGAGUGUAGACCACGAGGAAGGGACUGCAUCUUUCACCAAUGGAGAGACCAUCAAAGCCGAUAUAAUCAUUGGCGCCGACGGUAUCCGAUCCAAAGUUCGCACAAGCAUCGGUGUCAUUCCCGACAUGACCUCUGCUCCUCAAACGUGCUUCCGAUGUAACGUGCGUACUGAGGACGUGAAGCGUCUCGGUUUGGUGGAUUACAGCUUGGACCCAGCCAUCCAGUUCUGGGGUGGAUUCGAGGUACCCGAUAUCAACAAAUACUUCAAGAUUGUCAUGUGCUCAGUCUCUGGCGGUACUAUCACUUCCUUCUACUGCUUCAUGCCCACCGAAUUCGCCCUUCAGCAUGUGUCUGAAGGUUUCCAAUUCAAGGAAGUCGCAGUUGAUGAAAUCCUUGUCGCCGCCUACAAGGAUCUUUUGGACAAGGACUGCCAGGAUCUUUUGAGGAACUCCAUCGAAAGGAUGCCUUGGAGAUUGUACCUCCACAAGCCUUACCCAUACUGGGUCAAGGGCAACGUCGGUCUUCUUGGAGACGCCGCUCACCCCAUGAUGCCUCAUCAAUCUCAAGGAGCCUGCCAGGCCUUCGAAGAUGCUGCUGUGCUCGGUCUCGUCUUCUCUAAGGAAUACCCUCAAUUCACUCAAGACCCGAAAGCCGGUCUCGCGAUGUACGAACGCAUCCGCAAACCCCGUGGCACCCGUAUCCAGACCGCAAGCCGAAGAGCCACCGAUGACCUCCAUGAGCGUAUCGGUUUCACCACCAUCUUCUCGAACGGAGCUGCCAAGGAAGGCGAACCAGACGAGACCGGUUGGGUCAAAUUGACAAUGAAGGAGGUCAACACCUGGAACCCAGCCGAGAUUCUCAAGCAAUACGCCGCCGAGAGUGCUUAAGUUGCAGAUUUUUUCCUGCUUCCAAAAACGGACACUAUUAGACUCGAC